AUGGAAGAAUCGGAACUCAAGCGCAUUACUUAUCGCUCCAAGGCAGCUUCUGAUGUGGCCCGUAUUUUGGAUGAAGCACAAGUCCCUAAUGUUCUCUGGGGCUGGAUAGCCCUUUCUCUGCUUGCAAUGACUUUGUCUAUGGAAGAUGUGGAGUUUUUCGUCGAUCUGGGAGAUAGCUUUGAUUCUCGAAUACAUGAGCUCCCCUCGGGGGCCCCGGAGCUCCUCAAGCUAGGGCUAUCGUUGAUGCAUCCAGAUGAAUUCUGGCAAUCGAAUCAAUACUUCCAGGUUGAUAUGUCUACAAAGAGCACCUGGGAUAAGGAUCUUCCCAUCAAUUUCACACCCACGGAGAUGUCACCCUACACUCUACAAGAAGCGCGACCAAUAUUCGAGACCAAACGCGCUGGUGAUCUACCAUAA